AUCCUCAUGCCCCCGGGUCAGAGAGGCAUUCUGAUCCUCUGGUUUGAGAACAGCCUGCUUGUCUCCCAUAACGCAGGUCAGCUCGUCAGCCCUAUCCAGGUGCAACAAGGAGGCCAGACCUUGUAUCCUUCCAUUUACGGAGCCAACAUCACCAUCCACAACAUCGCUGCCAAUGAGAAUGAAUUGGCAGUUUUAACCCGGGAAGAUAAUUUGUAUUAUGGCAGUCUGGGAGUCUUGUCAAAUUCUAUAAUUAAAUUUGCAGACCAACAAAUCUGGUCCGAAGGGGCAGCCCUGAUGUUCACGGGUACAGGGAUGCUUGACAUACUGACCCCACUUCUCGAUGCGAAUUUUUCAGCUUUCGAUUUCCAGAAGUGCUCCGUGAAUAUUCAAGCGAUUCUUAUGGAUCCCCAACUCCAAGUUGAAAAGUGCAAAGUAAUGGUGAGUAACCCACACUCCCUGGGGCUGCAGGCCAACUUCUUCGAGGAGAAAGUCACCUAUAACUGGAACAUCAAGUACAGACUGGAAAUUUACCUGAAGCAGCAGCACCUCUGGGGCAGGACCGACCCCAACUUCACUUCUAGCUUAAAGCGACCCACCACAUCUACCUUAACUGUGGACGUAGCCAACAAGGAAAUUUCGUGCAUAGAUAACAAGCCACUGUCGACGCUCAUUUCAAUUGGCUGUGACCUGGACAAAAAGAUCGUCGUUCAGAAAAAAAUUUCGGCCUGCUCCAAGGGCAUCCUUGACCCUGUGGCCCUUCAGGACAACUACAGCUACGUCAUCGAGAAGGAAUUCUACAACCCCACCUUCCACCGGGUGAAGACGGACCUGGUGGUGAAGUACCCGUACCAGGAGCUGGGCUGUCCUCACCUCGUCUACUACAACACCCCCUGGAAGCCUGUGGUUGAACUGUGGCGGGAAGGUCGUUUCCAGGAGGUGGUGGAAGCCGAGUACGUGGUGCGGGAGGCGUACGGGCAGGUCGCCUACACCUACUCCCUGACGGCCGGCUCCGCGCUCUGCGUCUCGCAGCCGCAGAACUGGACCACGAUGGAGGACUCGAGACGCGGGAGGAAGCGCUUCUUCUGGAACAGAGAGAACUACGUGAGCUGCCACGAUCCCAACAGCAACGCUCCCCUGCAGUGGCCCAAUGUCGAGUAUCAGAUCUUGGGUGGCCCAACAGCAAACCAGAUCAUUUUCAAACAAAGGAACGGAAUCUACAUCUUCUUCCUUUCCAUCGUGGAUCCGUAUUACAGCUACUGUCACCUGUCGACUGUCUUCAGCAUCUACGUCUAUGGGGCCUACCCGCUGCCCAUUGUCCCUCCCCAGUUCACCAUCUUCCUGCUGGUGACAAGCAUCCUGCUGUCCGUGUGGCUGGCCUACACAAUCCCCAACUUUCUGCGCACGGAGCGGGGCCGCAGGAUCAAGACGUUCUGGAGUGACCUGUGCUGGGGCUGCAAAGAGCUGUGCAGGUGCCACCGGGGCAGGAGCUGAACACCCAUGGCGUGGGGGGCUGAGAACCCCGGGAGACCCGCAGGUGCCUCACAGAGGCAGAGCUGACCACUGAGGCCCAGCAGUGGGGUCUGGACCAUUGUCUUCAGAUAAAGUGUUCCGUAC